AUGCCUCAUGUUGUCUCUCAAAUGCAGCCAAGGGAAAGGCCCCAACAAACGUCUAACUCAAAACGAGUAAUGAUCAAGAAUGUAGUUUCUCAAGAUGACCUUCGACUGUCUACUUCUCCUCGUCGUCGAAAUGCAAAUGGCCCAACUCCUACCUUGAGUUUGCUCGUUACCCCACAAGGUGCUUGGAACUUUACACCAGGUCGACAACAUUCAAAACAAUUCUCUCCUGAUAGAAUGACACCUAUAUCUGCAGUCGAUUCCGUUUUCGAAUUAUCUUCUGCAGCUACAAAUGCUUCCCCAAAUUCAGCCACAUCGUCAUUUAUUGCUGAACUUGAAGACACUUCUCCUAGUGCUGUCAAACUUCAAAAAGUCAAUAUGGAUCCGAAGUCUCCACUCAGUCCUACACGUUCCUUACAUGCAGCUACUGCCAUUGACGCUAUCAAUGACUUUGAGGCAGAGAAUAGGCGUCUUCUCGAGCGGGCUAUUGCCGCCGAAAGUGUGGCAAAGUUAUUGGAGGAGCAAAAUCUCGAUCUCCGAAGAAAAGUCAACUAUUGUUUGGAACAACAUAGACCAAAGACUGCACCAGCUCAGAGAACCUCACAAGACUUACGCAAGCGCAAGACUGCAUACAUCACAACAACACCUCUAUCCGCUUUCAACACUAUGAUGGAUCAUGUGGAGGCUGAGUAUUCACCACCUCCUAUUAAUGAUACACCCACACCAUUACCUCGACGAAAAUCAUCGUUUCCAUCAGAAUCACUGGUUUCACAUCAAGGUGAACUUACGCCAAACAGAUUUGGUCCCAGUGGUUUUAUUCCUUCGCGGCGACCUCCUCCAAUUCCAGAGGGUAAAAAGGUUUCUGCAUCAAAAGAUCAAAGUCGUCGUCGUGAUACAUUGAAAAAGGACCCGAGCACUCCAAAAACAACACGUUUUAAUAGUCGAAUGACAAAAAUCUCUUUGUCGGAUGCAACUCUUAGAUCCAAACCAUUACCAUGGGCUCCAUCGGCAAUUCCAGGUAUGGUCGAGAUUGGCAGUACAUAUGAAGAUGCUUCCCCUAAGUCUCAAUUAAGACCGAAGAAAAGUUUCGCAAAAUUCUUCAGAAAAGCAAAGAAGGAAUAA